AUGAAGGAAUACCUUGAUCUAAAGCACAUGGAGCUGGUUCCAGAUUCUGAAAUUAAUAACAUCAAUAGUUUGUACCUCCCUCAUCACGGAGUUGUUAGAAACACUAGCUCUACAACUAAGCUCCGCGUCGUCUUCGACGCUUCAAGUAAAACCUCGUCUGGACUUUCUUUAAACGAUUUGCUCAUGGUUGGACCAAGAGUACAGCCAGAACUUUUCCCUAUCCUGAUUCAGUUUCGACUUUUCAAUGUAGCCAUUUGCGCUGAUGUGGAAAAGAUGUUCCGCCAGAUUAAAGUUCAUGAGGAAGGCGUAGACUGGCAAAGAAUUCUUUGGAGGGAGUCUCCAAACGAACCAAUAAAAGAAUAUCGUCUAACUACUGUUACCUACGGAACAUCCUCAGCACCAUUCCUCUCCACGAGAACUUUACGACAGCUUGCCAUAGACGAACAAGGGAAUUUUCCAGCCGCUUCAAGAGCUACCCGUUGUCACUUUUAUGUAGAUGAUUUGCUGAGUGGGAGUGCGACAAAGAAGGAAGCCAUUCAACUGGUAUCCGAGCUGCAGGAUAUGAUGAAAAAGAGAGGCUUUUCUUUACGUAAAUGGGUGUCAAACGAUCCCGACGUACUGGCAACCAUUUCAAAAGAAUUACAGGCAAUUGAUUCAAAACACACGAUCAACGAUGACCAACCUGUCAAGAUUCUGGGAAUAGCUUGGCUUCCAGAUGUUGACAAGUUCACCUUUACGAUCACCGUCAAUGAGAUGGACGUAUGGACUAAACGUAAGGUACUUUCUGAAGUCGCUAAAAUCUUUGACCCCUUGGGCUGGUUGGCACCUACAGUUAUCAUUUCCAAAAUCUUCCUCCAAGAGCUGUGGAGUCAUCAUCUAAGCUGGGACGAGGAGCUACCUGAUUCUCUGGCAAAGCAGUGGAGAACAUUUCAAGAACAGCUUCCUGUACUUACAAAUAUCAAAAUUCCACGCCGUAUGCUCAUUCCCCAUGCUUCAGACGUGCAAGUACACGGAUUCUGCGACUCUUCAGAGAAGGCCUAUUGCGCAGCUAUAUACAUUCGUUCUCAGGAUGUAACCCUAGCUGUGACAUCCAGACUGCUAACAUCCAAGAUGCGUGUUUCUCCAGUAAAACCGCAGUCUUUACCUCGAUUGGAACUCUGUUCUGCUUUACUUCUUGCCAAUUUGUUGCAAGCUACCUUUCCAACGCUAACUGUGCCAAUCUCUGAGACAUUUGCGUGGUCUGAUUCCAAGAUCACACUGGCAUGGCUGAAGUCUGAACCAAGAAGAUGGCAACCGUUCGUAGCUAAUCGAGUAGCACAAAUUCAAGAGCUGACUCCUAAUGUUCACUGGAACCAUGUGAGCGGUCUGGAGAAUCCUGCUGAUUGCGGAACAAGAGGGAUACCUCCAACUAAACUAGAAAGGUGCGACUUGUGGUUCAACGGACCUGAUUGGCUAAGGAGUUCUACUUUUCCUAAUAGAGGGUUUGAGGAUAAUCCAGAAUUGCAAAAAGACAUGUCUGUAGAAGCUAAAGGAACAUCCAAGCUGAAUAGGUAUAACCUAAGUGGACCCGGAUUUCAUCCGACCCCUCAGUACUGA